GCAUUAUCACGUAUACUUCGAUGUGAUGUCGUGUCGAGCUCCUCUACCCGACAUAGUCGUCAUGCACUACUAAAUUCAGCGACGCCUCGGCCCCCCGUGUACCGUCUACCGCCUCCGCAGUUUGCUGUGGACUCGCAGUUCAAGUUCAAAGUCGAGGCUGAGGCUCAUCCUAUGGACAUCGGCGAUAUCAUUAUGAAGGUGUGCAUGAGUAAGCGCCAUACCGUGGUCCUGCAAGCGCAAGGGGCCCCUGCAACAGCAGUGGCGGUCAAGGGCUUCAUAGAAGCCAACGCCCCUCGAUCGCGCAGUUGCCACUUGGUCGUAUCAGGAGCACCUCUAGAGGAGGUCGGAAGAAGAGGAGGUCCCAGUACGGUCAUUUGGCUGAGCUCAUACAGAGCAAGGGAUCCUAACCUUUUCAAACAGGAGGACAGUGCGGAGACAAUGGUUGUGUCCAACCAUACCAAGCCGGCCCCUCUAGCAGGAUCCAUAUCGACUUCAAUCGAACAAGGGCACAUCGUUCGGCUGCAGGGUGCCGGCCCUCACUGUCUUAAGAAGAUGAUGGAGGCCCUAGCUAUUAGCGGCCGACACUUUUCUGAGGAUCGGCAACCACGACCUGGGUCCAGGAGGAGACCAGGCCUGCUUGUGUGUUGGCCGCGGUUCAUGUCAACGCGGAGCCCUAGUGCGGGGCAUGAGCGUGCUCCUAAGGGAGUUGUGGAGAUCUAUGUCGCUCUCGAGGAGAGCAUUUGCGGUGACGCGGUUGUUGCAGAAGAUGCUGACGAGGGAGACCGAUGGCAACAGCAGCAGCAGCGGCAGAUUGUUGAUGCUUCUCCUGAUAUACCUCGACUGAGAAUGGUCGGUCUCCUCAAUGGUGCAGUG